AUGACUAUUUUUGACGAAACUUGGAGUGAAAACGACUAUAUGUUUAGAAAUAAAUUAAACUUGACUUCAUUACCUAAGAACCACGUUGAAAAAUUAAAAGAUUUAAAGUUCGAUUUUGUUGAAUACAAAGCUCAUUCACUUAUAGCCUGCCAUUUAUAUGAAAGAAUGACAUUACAUUGCAUGAAUUAAUAUGGUUUAUUUAAAGAUUUUUAUAGACCUGAAUGUUUAGAUUCAGCACAUUAUUUUAAAAGUUGUGUAGAAUUAAAUGCUGCUUAUGGAAAAUUAAAAAAAUAUUAUCCAGAAUAGUUCGUUAGUUCAGGAUAUGCUAGACCUGUACCUUAAUUCGAAUAAAUAGACCCAACUAUUAGUAAACCUACUAAUAUUGUUAUUAAGAGUUGA